AUGGCUCGCAUUCAAACUUUGACACUACUUCUCGCAAGUGUCUUGCCGUGCCUGGGCCGGUCCGGCUACAGCCAGCAUCCCCUUCGACAGUCCGCGAUCGAGGCGCGCACCAACUCGCCCUUUACCGACGACUUUGGCACCUUUGUCGAUUCCGUCCUGAGCGACUUCAAGGUCCCGGGCCUGUCCGUUGCCGUCGUCGACAGAAACCAUACCUUUUCCCAUGGUUAUGGCUUUGCCACGCUGCCCGACAUCAAAGCGACCCCGGAGACUCUGUGGUUCGGCGCGUCCACCACAAAGGCCUUUGUCGCCGCCACCCUAUCGCAGUUUAUCCAGAACAAGAGCUACCCGGCACUGGCAGAAGACGGCUGGGGCACGCCCAUCGCGUCCAUCAUCCCCGACGACUUUGUGCUCGCCGACGACUGGGCGACGAAGCACUCGACCCUCGACGAUGCUGUCUGCCACCGGACCGGCCUGCCGCGCCACGACUACACCUGGCAGUACACGACCAACGGCUCCCACACGCCCAUCCGGGACGUCGUGCGCAGCCUGCGCCACCUGCCGCUCACGGCCGAGCCGCGCACCGUCCACCAGUACAACAACCUCAUGUACAUGGUGCUCUCCCACGUCAUCGAGACCCUGACCAAGAAGCCGCUGCAGACAACCUUAAGAGAGCUCAUCUGGGGGCCCCUCAAGAUGAACUCGACCUUUUUGGACGUCGCCGAAGCCAAGGCGUCCCCCCACCACCUCGCCACCGGCUACCACUGGAACCAGACCUCGCAGAGCUACGGCGCCAUUGUCCACGACACGCUGCAGGAGUCGGGCGCCGCUGGCAUCAUCACCAACGUGCUCGACCACGCCAAGUGGAUGCGCAGCCUGCUCACCCGCACGGGGCCGCUGUCGAGCGACACGCACGACGACAUUCGCCGCCCGCGCAUCAUCAGCAAGGAGCCCGGGUCUGGCACCGACUACGGCCUGUACGGGCUCGGCUGGGACCGCACCGUGUUCCACGGCGAGCCGCUGUACCGCCACAUUGGCGAGGCCCUCUCGUUCGGCACCACCUUUUACUGGCUGCCGAAGCGCAACUACGGCGUCGUGGCCAUGGCCAACGUCUACAAACAGGGCAACAUUGCGGGCGAGGUUGUCGUGCGCCGGCUGGUGGAGGACGCCAUGGGCAUUCCGGACAAGGACCGCUUCGACAGAGCCAAAGAGGGCAAGGAGCUACUCGAGACCCUGGACGGCGAAUUCGCAAAGGCUCCCGAGGACGUGUACGGCAAGUUGCCGCAGAAGACGGUGCCCCCGCCUGUUGCUCUCAGCAAGCUCGAGGGCGAGUACUUUGACGCCGGCUACGGCCGCCUGGUGUUCAAGCUGUCCGGCAACAACGGGAGCCAGGUCCUGAUCGCGGAGCGCCCGGAGACGGUCUACCAGUACAACGUUCGCCUGCAGCACGUCUCUGCCAACGACUGGGUGGCCUUUUUCGAGUCGCGCAUCGGCUCGCGCCUGCCGGCCCAGUACUUUGGGGCCCAUUUCAAGACGGACAACAGCACCGUGUCUGCGCUCGACAUCAACUUUGUGACUGGUCAAACCGGUACGAAGAACUACAACGUUACCUUUAACAAGGUUGCUUAG